GAAACAGGGUCGUGACUUGGUCCACACUUCACUUUAUCCUUUUCCUGGGAUCUGUGCAUUUGUGCUMAACUUUUGCUUGCAUUUUUGCUGAAACUUCAAGCUUUUUCCUCUCUCUGGGAUUCUGGGAUGGAAUGAGGUAUGGCCCUGGCAGGAGCACUCAGACCUUUUGUGUCCCUCACGAUUCGGAAUCUCGCUUGGCAAACCACUAGGUUUCCACAACUACAUUUAUCCUGUAGGUUGGUGAGCCUAGCUGGUGCAAAUAAAGGUGAUAUCAUGGCUAACGUUACAAAAGUACUUGCUCGUGAGAUAUUUGACAGCCGUGGAAAUCCCACAGUUGAAGUUGAAGUUACAACAUCUAAAGGAAUGUUCAGGGCUGCUGUUCCAUCUGGUGCUUCUACUGGUAUCUACGAAGCACUUGAACUUCGGGACCAGGAUCCUGCAAGAUUCCUUGGAAAAGGAGUGCAGAAAGCUGUGGAUAAUGUCAAUUCUGCCAUUGGACCAGCCUUGAUUUUGAAGGGCCUUGAGGUUACUGACCAGACAGGGAUUGAUGAGUUCAUGCUUCAGCUGGAUGGAACAGAGAAUAAAUCUAAGCUUGGAGCUAAUGCUAUUCUAGGAGUGUCGUUAGCAGUAUGCAAAGCAGGUGCAGCACACAAGGGUGUUCCUCUCUACAAGUACAUUUCAGAGCUGGCUGGUAAUAGUACCGUCAUUCUCCCUGUCCCUGCCUUUAAUGUUAUUAAUGGCGGUAGCCAUGCUGGCAAUAAGCUUGCCAUGCAGGAAUUUAUGCUGUUACCCACGGGUGCUUCAAGCUUCCGUGAGGCCAUGAGAAUGGGUUCUGAGAUCUACCAGAACUUAAAGAAAGUUGUGAAGGAGAAAUAUGGCAUUGAUGCUACAAAUGUUGGAGAUGAAGGAGGAUUCGCACCAAACAUCCAGGACAACAGAGAAGGUCUUGAGCUUCUGAAGGUUGCCAUAGAGAAAGCUGGAUACACUGGAAAGAUUGAAAUUGGAAUGGAUGUUGCAGCUUCUGAAUUUCACAAGGAUGGCAAGUAUGAUUUGGACUUCAAGAACAAGAACUCAGAUCCAAGCAAAUGGGUAACAGCUGAUGCACUCAGAGACAUCUACCUUGGUUUCAUUAAAGACUAUCCUGUUGUUUCUAUUGAAGAUGCAUUUGACCAGGAUCACUGGGAUGCAUGGUCUGAUCUUACUGGAAAAGUUUCUAUUCAGAUUGUUGGUGAUGACUUAACUGUUACUAACCCAAAGAGAAUACAAACGGCUAUUGACAAGAAGGCAUGUAACUGUCUCUUACUGAAGGUCAACCAGAUUGGAUCUGUCACCGAAUCCAUCAAUGCUUGCAAACUGGCCCAGAAGAAUGGCUGGGGUGUGAUGGUGAGCCACCGUAGUGGAGAAACAGAAGAUACCUUCAUUGCUGACUUGGUAGUUGGUCUGUGUGCAGGACAGAUCAAGACCGGGGCUCCCUGUAGAUCUGAAAGGCUUGCCAAGUACAACCAACUCCUCAGGAUUGAAGAAGAGCUAGGCUCAAAUGCUAAGUAUGCUGGCAAGAACUUCAGACAUCCCUUGAAGUAAAUCAACAAACGCAAGCCCAAGACUGUGGAAAAGAAAGCUUGACAAGGCUUUCACCUCUAGAACCUUAAAAAGAUGACAAGAUUGACUCAGACAAACUUGAAUGGUAUAAGCUGUAAUUUACUGCUUUGGAGCUCUUGGCUUAUUCAUCCGGCAGUAUUUUUAUGUGAGUGUUGUUAAGAGCAAAGAUAUGAGUGCAUACUACAUAUCGGUGAAAAAGUUGACUAGCAAAAUUGUAGAAAUUAGUGCAAAGUUUUGUAGGUCUACGGUCUACUGAGCUUACUAAUUUAUGCAAUUUCUUACCAAGUUUUUCACUACUGUUUUGUACCAUUCUAGUUAGUCUGGGAAUCUAUAGGUCACAUAAACAAAUAAGAAGUGUUGUAAUGAUUUAUCUAGUAGGGGUGAUGUUUCUGAGAAGUUAUUAAAGUCAAAAAUAAAGUAUGAAAAUUAAA